GGUGUAACCUCAAAAAAAGUGAAUUUAUGUCUUCACUACAUCCAAUACAAUAAGCUAAUGAAGGGAGGAGUUAACAAGUCAGUCAGGUAUAUAUUCUGGACUUCCUGAAAUAGAGAUCAGAGCCAUAUUUGUGUUCGAGUUCGAUAUAAAAUGAAGGCAGUACUAAUCAUCUCAUCACUUCUCCUGACAUUCGCCUUAGGCGAUGUUGUCACCAGCUCCUAUGGAACGUACCUCCAAACACCACAAGCCAUAACCAAGAUGGCGCGCAGCGAUUCUGGGUACUCGUACAGCGUCACAUCUACCCGUGGACAUCCCUCUAGCUUCCUCUAUGGUGUUCAACAGAUCGGAGCUCCUUUAGCUCUCACUUACAGCUCGAUUGGAGCUAGCCCACUCAGCUACUUAGCCCACAACAUCCUGCCUUACGACUACACCACCAAGAACUUCAUUCCGAAAAUAGUUAUUCCUUACUCUACCUUGGCAUUCUCUCCUUUGGUAUCCCAACUCUCCUCAAUCUACCAAACGUCGUCUAUCCCCUCAUUGUUGCAAGACGACAAAAAAAUGGAAGGAGCUAUGAAACCUGCGACCAUAGAACAACCUUCUAUGAUGAUGGAUCAACGACCGAUGAUGCCACAGAAUCCGUUCUUCGCUUCUUUUGGACAGAAUGGCGGGGUUCCACAACAGAAUCCAAGUGUUCAGAGUGAUCCAAGUAUUCCGGCCUUGCAAGGAAACAAUGUUGAUGAUGACACAGUUUCCGUAGAAUCUGCUUAGUUUUGUCUGUAUUUUAUGAUUGACUUUUGGUAAUAAACUCGAUUUUUUUUA